GCAAUUGAAAAAUCAUUCAUUUCAUUGGUUAUAUUCUCUCCAAACUUUGCAUCUUCAUACUGGUGUAUGGAGGAGCUUGUGAAAAUAGUUGAGUGUAGAGAAAAAUAUGGUAGGAUUGUAAUGCCAGUUUUCUACCAAGUUGAGCCUUCAGUCGUACGGCAUCAAAAUGGAACUUAUAGAGAUGCUUUUGCUCAACAUAAACAAAAGUAUAGCGCGGACAAAGUGCAAAGCUGGAUAUCUAAUUUGAAGCUAUCUGCCAAUAUUUCUGGAUUUGAUUCAUCACAUUUUUCGGAUGAUGCUAAGCUUGUUGAAGAAAUACUUCAAAGUGUGUUGAUGAAGUUGAAUCAAAUGGAUGAAGGCAAGUCAAAAGGACUUGUAGGAAUUGAGAAACAAAUUUCACCUGUAGAAUCAUUGUUACAUUUAGAGUCGGAAGAUGUUCGUGUUCUUGGAAUUUGGGGUAUGCCUGGUAUUGGUAAAACAACUAUUGCAGAAGAAGUAUUUCGAAGACUAUGUUCUGACUACGAAAGUUGUUGUUUUAUGGCGAAUGUAAGAGAAGAAUCAGAAAGAUAUGGCACACACAAUUUGAGACUAAGAAAAAAGCUUUUAUCCACUCUAUUAGAGGAAGAAGAUUUGAAAGAUGACAUGAUAAAUGGAUUACCUCCUUUGGUUAAGAAAAGGCUUCGCCGCAUGAAGGUUCUUAUGGUUCUUGAUGAUGUCAAAGAUGCGGAGCAACUUGAAGCUUUGGUUGGAAAAGUUGAUUGGUUUGGACCAAGAAGUAGAAUCAUCAUAACUACAAGAGAUAAGCAGGUACUUGCUGGAAAAGUCGAUGAUAUAUACAAGGUUGAGCCAUUGGACUCUGCUGAAUCUUUUCAGCUUUUCAAUUUGCAUGCUUUUAAUAAACAAAAGCAUCUUGAAACUGAGUACGAUAAGCUAUUAAUGAAGAUGGUCGAUUAUUCCGAAGGUGUUCCACUAGUUCUUAAAGCUUUAGCUAACCUUCUUUGUGGAAAAGAUAAAGCCAUAUGGGAAAGCCAAGCAAGGAGUCUGAAAAUAGAGCAGAUUGAAGAUGUUCAUAAUGUUUUUAGAUUGAUAUACAACAAUCUUGAUUAUUAUGAAAAGAUUAUAUUCUUGGAUAUUGCCUGCUUUUUUGAUGGAUUGAAGUUGAAACUUGACCUCAUAAAACUUCUAUUGCAAGAUCGUCAUUAUUCGGUGAGCAAUAGAUUAGACAGACUAAAAGAUAAAGCCCUUGUAACUAUUUCUCAACAAAGUAUUGUAUCAAUGCAUGACAUUAUACAAGAAACCGCUUGGGAGAUUGUUCGCCAAGAAUCUGUUGAAGAACCUGGUAGCCGAAGCCGACUAUUGGAUCCUGAUGACAUUUAUCAUGUAUUGAAAGAUGAGAAGGGAAGUGAGGCAAUCAGAAGUAUGGCCAUCAGACUAUCUGAAAUUAAGGAGCUGCAGUUAAGUCCACAAGUAUUUUCCAAGAUGAGAAAAUUGAAAUUUUUGGAUAUUUAUACUAAUGGAUCGCAAAAUGAAGGGAGUUUGUCUCUUCCUCAAGGGCUUGAAUCCUUGCCUAAUGAACUAAGAUAUCUUCGUUGGGAGUAUUACCCUUUGGAUUCCUUGCCGUCCAAGUUUUCUGCAGAAAACCUUGUUACAUUGAACUUGCCUUAUAGCAAACUGAAAAAACUUUGGCAUGGAGUGAAGGAUCUUGUGAAUUUGAAUGUCCUUAUACUCCAUUCAUCCACAUUCCUAACAGAGCUACCGGACUUUUCGAAGGCCACCAGCCUUGAAGUAGUGGACCUUUAUUUCUGUCUAAAGAAACUUGAUCUGAGUGGAUGUGUUACCCUUACAAGCCUUCAAAGCAAUAACAACCAUUUAAGUUCCCUUAGUUGUCUCUCCCUCUACAACUGCACAUCAUUGAAGGAAUUCUCAGUGACCUCAGAGAAUAUGAACGAAUUGAAUUUAGAACUCACAAGUAUCAAACAACUACCCUCAUCAAUGGGAAUUCAAACCAAACUCGAAAAGUUACAUCUAGGACACACUCACAUUGAGAGCUUGCCAAAUAGUAUCAAGAAUCUUACAAGGCUGAGACAUUUAGACUUGCAUCAUUGCAGGGAGCUUAAAACUCUACCAGAACUUCCUCCAUCGCUAGAAACACUAGUUGCCGAUGGUUGUAUAUCACUAGAGAAUGUAUUGUUCCGCUCGACUGCUAGUGAACAACUCGAGGAAAAGAAGAAAAAGGUUAGGUUUUGGAAUUGCCUUAAACUAAAUGAGCCUUCUCUCAAGGCUAUUGAGUUGAAUGCUCAAAUUAACAUAAUGAACUUUUCACACCAGCAUAUAUCCACAUGGGACCGUGAUCAUGAUCACGAUCAUGACCAUGAUCGAGUUCAAGGCUCGUACGUGUAUCCAGGUAGCAAAAUUCCAGAGUGGUUGGAAUAUAAUACAAGUACACAUGAUUACAUAACUAUUGAUCUUUCUUCUGCUCCUUAUUUCUCUAAGUUAGGAUUCAUUUUUGGCUUCAUCAUUCCAACCAUCUCAUCAGAAGGUUUAACUCUGAAAUUCAAAAUCAGCGACGGUGAUGGUGAAGGUAUCAAAGUGUACUUGGACAGACCACUUCGUGGAAUUGAAUCGGAUCAUGUAUAUCUAAUGUAUGAUCCAAGAUGUUCUCAUUACCUAGCUAGCCGAGUCAAUGAUCAGUCACAGAUUAAAAUUCAGGUUACUGUGUCAUCAAGAACAUUGACAUCACAGUAUGAGUCAGUGCAGUUAAGAGAGUUUGGGGUUAGCCUAGUAACCCCUUCACAAUAUGGCAAGUUUAAACAGCAAUUUGAAACUGGUGAUGGUAGUGUUGUUCCAAAUAAUGUGUUCGCAGAAGAGGGAUCAUCGAAGUUUCUAGAAAUUUAA